AUGGCAUCGGCCUCGAGCAAAGUGGGGGGCCUCGCCGUCGCCAUCCGCGUCGUCGUCCCCGUGGCCCUGGGGUCCGCCGGCUACGCAGCCUACAAGAUCAACUGGCGCGCGGCCAUGCACAGGUUCGUAACGGGGCCGGGGCGCAGCUCGCGCAUCCUGCUGCUGCUGUUUGUCGUGCUCAACUGGAAGAAUAUGCCCCUGGCGUGGACGUACCGCGUCUUCUACGCCAUCGUCUACCACAACAUCCUCCGCAAGUCGCCCGACCUCACGCCCAGGGCGCUCUUCAAGCCGCUCGUCUCGGAGACGCGCGCGCCGCUCCUCGAAAUCGACUACAACCUGCACAAGUCCAACUCGACCUACUUCACGGACAUGGACGUGUCGCGCAGCCACCUGGUCAGCUACCUCACGCGGCGGGCGAUGCGCAGCCUCGCGCUCAACAGCCGGACGGGGCUGGUGCUGGACCCCCAGACGGGCAGGCCGGCCCGCGGCGCGAUGGGCGUCAUGCUGGGCUCCGUGUCGUGCUCCUUCAAGCGGGAGAUUGGCGCGUACCGGCCCUACGAGCUGUGGAGCAGGGUGCUGGCCUGGGACCGGAAAUGGCUCUACAUGGUGACGCACUUUGUGCCCCGGGGCGCGGCCAAGCCCACCGAGUGGCUGGACCCGCGCUUCGGCGGCGCCGGGACGAGGGGCGGCGCCGACGCCCCGGCCGGCCGGGACGCGGGCAUCCACGCCUCCGCCGUGGCCAGGUACGUCUUCAAGCUGGGCCGCUUGUCCGUCCACCCGGCCGUCGUGCUGGCCGAGUCGGGCCUGCUGCCCCCGCGCCCGGGCGGCUGGACGAGCGGCGAGAACCAGGUCGGCGACGAGGCCGCCGACGUGGGCCACGUCGACCUCGCCGUCGACGGGGACUGGGACUGGGCGAGGGUCGAGGCCCAGAGGCGCCGCGGCAUCGAGGUCGCCCGCCACUUUGCCAGGCUGGACGAGUGCCAUGACCUGUUUGACGGCGGCGCUCAUGGCGCCCUGGCAAAGAUUGGGCCGUGCUGA